AUGCGUCAUCAAUUCGCAGUUUUAUUCGUGAUUGUCGCUACCGUUCCCAUCUUUACCGUAUCAUCUAAGGCCAGCUUCAAUGGCUCGUUGCAAAUUGCCCGUGCCAAUGAUUACUUUGGCUACAAACUUCUAGAACACCUUGAGGAAAGAAACUUCUUCGAAGAAGAUGCUGAACCAGAAAAUCUGUUCAUCUCUCCCUUCAGCGUUAGCACCGUCCUGACCAUGGUCAUGGCCGGUGCUAAAGGAGACACCUUUGAGGAGAUAAAAAAUACUCUUGGAGUUCAACUCAAGCUGACUGAACCGCAACGCUACACCGCCUUCAACACCCUCCUUCGCCAGCUUAACAAUCUGUCCAGCAGUGACACUGUCAACAGCCUCAAACUGGCCAAUGCAAUUGCCCUGCAGACCGGAGAGACUCCUCUUCUGCCCAGAUAUCAGCGCAUCGUCAAGCGCCGCCUCAAGGCGAAGAUCUUCCAGGUUAACUUUGAAAAGGAGCCGGAGCAGGCAGCUGAGCAGAUCAAUCAGUGGGCCAGCCGAAAGACCAAAGGCAAAAUACGCAAACUGGUUGAGGGAACACUAGACCCGGGCACGCGAGUCGUCCUACUCAAUGCACUGUACUUUAACGGCACCUGGGCGAGCCCUUUCCGGCGAGACGAUACUGAAAACGAAGAGUUUACCUACGGUGAGGUUGGACGGAGGAAGAAGAUCACCGUUCCAAUGAUGAAGAAGUCCUUUCAUCGACUCAACUACCUCAGCUCGGAAGAGGGUGAACUGGUGGAGCUGCCCUACCGAGGUCACCUGCUGAGCAUGUUGCUCUUUCUGCCUGCAGUUGACGACCCUCCGCCUAUCAGUUUUACUUUUUUAGAUUUUCGCAAGCGACACAACGGGUACUCUAAAAUGACGGCUCGAAAGGUGACCCUGUCUCUGCCUCGCUUUAAGAUCGAGUCCUCGCUUGAGCUGAAGCCCACACUUCGGUGGAUGGGCAUUGAAACGGCAUUCGAGGAUGCCGCCGACUUUAGUCGAAUGACUGGCAAUGGUGGCGAUGGUGGUGAACGCUUAAAGUUGUCCCGAGUUCUGCACAAGGCCGUGGUGGAGGUCAAUGAGGAAGGCUCUGAGGCGGCGGCGGCUACUAUGAGCCAAGCGGUUUUUCGCUCUUGGGAUCCUCGCAAGCCCAUUAAACUGAACUUCAAUCGGCCAUUUCUCUUUGCCAUCCGCUGCAAACCGCUCCAGUUGACGCUCUUCGCCGGCAUUGUCAAUAAGCCACAAGAAGUUGAUUAA